CCUGAUUGUGAGAGGUGAGCGAAGUGUUCACACGACGAGUGCGUCGCUUUGAGAGCGUUGCGAAAAUGAGCCGCUUGUGAAAGGCCGUCAAAGUUGGAUUUACUUCGAAUUUGUUUUCGCUUUUUAUUUCUUAUUAUUUUGUAUUAAAACGUAGAUUUCCGGAGGAGUCAACAAACAGUUGGAAACUUCAUAAAUCACGCCAUCCUUCAAGGAUGGACAAAUCCACAACGAUGAAAGUUACGGUUGUUCUCUUCUGUGCUUUGAACCUUGGGAUUCAUGGGGCGGCAGAGAUUGGGUUUAUGGGAGAGCUGCAGAACCGUACAGCAAGACAGCUGAACUGUUUGGAGAACCACGAAUAUCCUCACAAUGGCUUCUGCUGCAAGAACUGUGAAGCUGGCACUUAUGUGAGUGAGAAGUGUACUACGAAUCAGGAGAAGGGCACAUGUACCCCAUGUAAGACGGGCACGUAUGCUGAACACCCUACGGGCAUGGAGCAGUGUCUGCAGUGCAGCCAGUGCCACAGGGAUCAGAUUGUGGUUGCAGAGUGCACCAGCAUGAGCAACACCAAAUGUGAAUGCAAGCCUGGUUUUUACUGCUUGCCGGACGAGCCAUGCGAAGUGUGCAAGAAAUGCAUCAGGUGCAAAGAUGAUGAGGAAGUAGUCAGCCCGUGCACAGCCACGUCCAACGCAAAGUGCAGGAGACGGACUUCGGAUCCAACGGAAGAACCAUCGGGCCAGCCAACGCCUGCCAGUGACAGUGGGCCUAUAGUUGCAGUUGUUGUUGUAACGUUGCUGAUCUUGGUGCUUCUGGUCGUGCUAAUACUUGGGUUUUUCUGGAAAAAGCGGCAACGUAGACAAAGUGAAACUGAUGAGUUGAAUGAGGUGAAGGUUCCAAUUGAUGUUCGGUGCCCAAAAUCCGAAGAGGAGCAAGAGAACAGCCGCAAUGCUGGACUAGAGAGAACGGAGGUGGAACGUCCAGAGUCCCGCCCCUUGUUGUCUCAAGAAACCCAGGAAACGAGCAAGAGCAUGCCCGUGGAAGAUGAUGAUCGGGGAUUGGGUGACAGCUUGCCAAACACGACCAGCUCUUCCCAAACGAGCCUGUCUGCCAUCCCUCUUAACAUGUGUAACGGGGACUCACCUCAGCCAAGCCCUCCAGCCCAAAGACAGCCAAUGAGGGAAACAGAGGCGUGUUCACAGGAUGAUGGUCCACUCAGGAAGCUUGUUCCUCUUCUUGGCGAGGAGGAGUCUCUAAGGAAGAGCUUCGACCUUUUCGACGCCCUUGACGUGCGGAUCCUCAACAAGUUCUUCCGUAGCAUCGGCGUGAGCGACAACUCGAUCAAGAUGGCCGAGACGCAGAAUCCCGAAGACAAAGUCUACAACCUUCUGCAAGUUUGGAUGCAGAAGGAGGGGCUUCGAGCAGACAUCAACACCUUACUUCAAUCUCUGCUGGACAUGAAUCAGAGAUAUUCAGCGGAACAAAUAGUCUCUAAAGCUUUAGAGAAAGGCUUUUACAGAUGCGAGUGAUGACUUUAUAACCGUUAAAAAACCUCUUGGUCUCGUGGCAUGAUCUUCCUGUAAUGAAGCUCCAGUGCCAACCUUUCUCUAGCUGCUCUCUAGCAGUGGGUUUUAAAGCCAACACUGGACACCUUUGAGGAUUUACACUGGCUAACAGAAGAGGGCGCUGUGCAUGCUAGAAGUAUUUGGUGCCUUUUAGCCCUCAGGCUUUUAAACUACAGGUUGGUCCAAAAGCCAAAAUGCUUUUGGUUUAUGCCAAAUGUUCAAGUUUAUAUGAGUUAGUGUAAAUAGUUUGACGCUGUUGUGUGCUGUAUUGUGACCAAUAAUUGUCAUAUAUCAAGCACAAUAUGUUGUCUUUACACUACAUGCCCUAAUUCACUUCUGUUGUUAAGUACAAACCUUGUCAAUUGAUACAGGGUUACAAAAAAACACUUCAUGACUGCAGACGACUCAGUAGUGGAAUAAUUCAAACGUACACGUUUUGCAAUGUAAGGUUUCAUUUAAAUGCAUCAUGGUUGUUACAGAAAAUAUUGUUUUCCUCCGUCCCGUGUCAUUUUGUGAAAGUUGGAUUCCAAAAACUGUUCUUAUUCUGCUUCGUGUGUGGCAACGAUGGCAUCUUUCCUUAUUUAUGUUUUAAAUAAGUGACAUAUUUAUUUAUAUUUUGUAAUUGCAUAUUAUUUAUACCUGUUAACUCUCAAGUGUUUUAAAACAUUUAUCGUGACUGAGAGAUGUUCACUCCUCCGGCUCUUUUCAAUCAGAUUCUGGAUGAGAUUCAGUGACGCCACACAGAGUUCGUCUGUAGCUAAGACAUUUCUACAUUUGUCCUUUUUUUACUGUGUCCUACCACGCGGACACACGUGAUGAGUUUUGUACCACGGUCAGUAUCACGCUUGCAACCGCUUCCGCAGGUCGAAUUCAGGCGUUUCAAAGUUCGGCCCGUCUUCCCUUGUUUUAUGGGCGUUAGUGCACAGGUACGUGUUUAUAGUUAAAAGAUGAAGGAAGUGUAUACUCAUCCAAACUACUUGCAGUUGGCAUCGUUUGCCUAGGAUGUACAUAGUUUAGUCAAGAAAGGAAACUAAUAGAUAUAUAUUUAUAGAAACCCCAUGUGCACAGCUUAAUGAAGUAGAGACUGCCUAAACACAGAAGGAACAAAUUUACAUUUAAAUAAAAUACAUAGGGUCACUAAAGUUAUAAUUCAUAAAUGUCUGACUGAGCUACAAAACUGUGUAGCUUUAUGAAAGUGUAUGAAAUAUGGCCUUUUAGAUAUAUUUUCAGUGUUCAGAAACGCUGAUCUCAGAUCAGCUCCGCUUAAACAGGUUUACAUGAGUUAACAUGGAAAGCUGAUGUUCACUGGCACAAUGUCUCCCCCUCUUGUUUGAUAAUGAAAUUGUAGAGCUGUCGUACAGUGCCGGCACUGCACCGAUUGACGUAGAAGUAAAUAGCAAGAGAAAAACUGCAUCAGUUUCAAGGGACUUUCUUUCUGUUCUGGCAAUCACAUGUUUUAUUCCUUUGCACUGAAUUUAACAUUAACUCUUUUUUUAAAAGUAGGUGCAGGAUUUUUUUCCCUUCUCUGUUAAAGAGAAUUUUUAGUUUUAUACUUUUUUUUUAAAUUGAAUGCACAUUGCUUUUCAAUUACGCCUCUUAACACAGUUUGUCUCUGCUAGCUAUUUUCACUGUAUCUUUGUGAGUAGAAGUCUAUUUCGCGUAUCUUUCCCCCCUAGAUAAUUGUUUGCUCGUUUAUGAAUGUAAAAUGUUCGCUGUUACAAAGUUAUUUGUAAAUGGCUGUUUUAAAAUAAAAAAUACAAAUUUUAAA